UGUCACGUGGAGAUAAGAUCAUAUCGCAGCAGUACCGGAGAGUGGUCGCGCGAUACCAACCACUGGCACUUUGUAUCUCAGACGGUCCUCGUGAAGUCCCCCAACUUGAAGAUGACUUGACCACCCUCAACAUGAGCGUCGCAGUUGACGCACUAUAUAUCUUCGAUGAUCACAACCACUGUAUCCUAGAGCACAUUUACAAUGGACGCCCUCCUUCGGCGCAGACCCUCAUAUCCAGUUUCGCCAGUCGACCAUCUCCUCGACCGUCGAUCCUCCAACUAUCGGACGUGGCACCUCCGGUAACAGCAUAUUCGAUAUCUCACGCUGCUCUCCAUCUGUUUGCCGUGUCCAGCAAAGAUGCGCAGUCAUUGGCGAUUCUCGACUUUCUGUAUCGGCUGGUAGAUGUGUUCGAGGACUUUCUCGGCAGCCCGCUGCUAGCCAACAAGAUCGAGGACAACUAUGAGAUAGUGGCACAGUUACUGGUGGAAAUGUGUGACGGGGGCAUCAUCUGCAACACCGAACCCAAUGCACUGAGAGAAUCGGUGGAGGUGUCGUCCGUGUUGGGUAAGUUGUUCACGCAAGUUGGGCUGCCCGGGUCUUCUCCAGGAUUGGGUCCGUCUGGCCACAACUUCGCGUCGAGUCUAAGACCUGCACCUGCCGCUUCUCCGUCACUCGGCCCAGCCAUCCCCUGGCGCAAGUCCAACGUUCGACAUACAUCAAACGAGUUAUAUGUGGACAUAGUCGAGAGUCUAGCAGUUGUCUUUGCGCCGUCUGGCCGUCCGAUAUGCGCUCGGUCUCAUGGCUCGAUUGCGUUCACGGCCAAGAUCUCAGGAGUUCCCGAUCUGCUGUUGACGCUGUCCGCUCCCGGGGGAACGAGCAGCGACAAGGGCUCGGGCAUUCUCCGCACCAUGCAAUUGCCAGUCUUCCAUCCGUGCGUGCGUUUGGUGCGGUGGAAAGACCACCCAGGAGAGCUGUCGUUUAUUCCACCGGAUGGCCGUUUCAUGCUUGCUGGCUAUGAGACCGACCUCAUGCCUAUUGAUCUUGGUACCGACCGACCCCCUACCAACAACGAUAGGAUUUUCCUGCCUGCCACCGUGGACCUACGACCUGGCCUAGGUGCCGCGGGGACCGAGUUUGAAGCUCGGCUGACAUUAAACACAAACUUCCCCAGAGUGGGAACGGCAAGCAAGUCAGGCGCCUCUCGCGGUGGGUCGGGCCCAAUAUCGUCGCUGUCGUUCGGCAGUGGUGGCAGUGGGCAUUCGCAUGCUCCGUCGUUGGAAGCCGUCGUGGUGACGAUCCCAUUUCCGGCCGACGUUCGAACCGUCACGGAGCUCAAGCCGUCUCGGGGUGAGGCCAACUUCAACGCUUUUGACAAAGUGGUUGAAUGGAAGGUUCCCACGAAGGACGGCGCCUCGGUAAAUGGAGUGGCUACUUUGACUGGCACGGUGGCUGGACCAUUAGAUGUUGCGGACGUUGAAGAUGACCAGUUUCAGGCCUCUCACGUCGGCAAAUCUGGUAUUAUGGCAGGUUAUUACGACGACGGUGCAGUAACAAACAGCCAAGAUGGGGGAAACGAGGCGAACAGGGAUGGCAAGCUUGGGACCGCGAAGGAAGCUCCCGCCAGCAAUCUUCAGGCUCUGAUGCCUCGUUCCAUUUCCGUCUCGUUCAAUGUCAAAGGCUGGCUUCCGAGUGGCAUCAAAGUCGACGCUUUGACAGUAGAUGUCAGGAAAUCCAAGGGUCUGGGCGACGGAGUCAAGCCGUACAAGGGAGUCAAAUAUCUUACGGUCAGUAGACAAGGGGUGGAACGGCGGGUUUCAUAGCAGCAUUGUAGAGAUCAAGUUGGGCUUGUGACCAUGAUACAAUGAUAAACGGGUCAAUGACAGAGUUUAGUAUUAAAAUGCUAGUGGCAUUGAUCGAUGAAGGCUAAGAUAAAGAUCCAAUCUCAUUCACAAGUCAUUUCAGUUCGUCAA